UCAGUUUGUGGCAACACGCGUUUUGUUCGACAUCUCUCUGUACGCGGAGAGAAGUUUUGUCCUUAUUUUACGGAUAAUGUACAUCUAAAACUCUUUCAUUAAGAUGCAGAAAAGCUGGAAAAAGUACUUUCUUCAGAAGCCACCGAGUGAGGUAACCAUGGACGAGUACCUCGCCAGUUUGGGGUUGUAUCGAAAAAUUACAGCUCGGGAUGCGUCAUGCCUGUUCCGAGCUGUGUCCGAACAGCUAUAUUACUCUCAGAACUACUACGAGCGCAUCCGAAAAGCCUGUGUCAUGUUCAUGAGGGCCAACCGGUGCAACUUUGAGCCGUUUGUAGAAGGAUCAUUUGAGAAAUACUUGGAGCGGUUACAAGACCCAACGGAAACAGCUGGUCAGGUGGAAAUUAAGGCACUUUCUCUUUUGUAUAAGAGAUGUUUUGUUAUAUAUCGUCAUCCAGGAAAGCCACCCACAGAAAUAUCUGAAAAAGAUUUUAAAGAAAAGAUUCUUCUUUGCUGUUCCAACAAUGGUCACUAUGAUUGCGUGUAUCCAAAGCAGUAUCCUAUAGAUGCAGCUGUGUGCCAAGCUCUUCUUUAUGAAAUACUGUACAAAGAUGUGUUUGGCAUUGAAGAAGAGGAAAUUAUUUAUGCACUAGAAGCAUUUCAUACUGGUGGCAGGAGAUACAGGAAUAGUAUGUCUGUUGGAAGUGAAGAUGCCAGCUUUGAUGCUUGUGAAGAGAAGAACCAAAAAUCUUUUACAGAAAAUUGCAAAGAGGACAAUGAAAAAUGUCAUUUUGAAGCUUCUGAAGAAAUGUCUAAAGUGGAGGAUUUGAAGAUUACUGAUGGGCCAUCAAAGAUUUAUUUUCCUUACAAAGUUUUGAAAUCUCUUGAUCCAGAUAUUUAUCGCAACAUUGAGUUUGAUGUUUGGCAUGACAGCAGGAAAGAGCUGCAGAAAACUGAUUACAUGGUGUUUGCUGGGAGGCAGUAUUGUUUGGGAGACAAAUGUCAGGUACGAUUAGAGCCAGGUGGGAAAUACUAUAAUGCUUUUAUCCAGGAAGUUGGACCUCAUACAAGUGCAGUGACUGUCUUUAUCGAAGAACUGGGUGAAAAGCAUCUCGUUCCUCUGACUAAUCUGAAACCAGUGACUCAAGUGAAUCCAGUACCUGCCUGGAGUAAUGCCCCAAGAAAAAGUGGAAGUUAUACCAGAAUGGCAGAGGGAUAUGUAGCUGAAAUAGAUGUAGAUCACGAGAUAAGAGGAAGAAAAAGAUUUUAUAAGAAAGCCCGUGGAAAGGAAAUGUUUAUGGCUGUUGCAUACACCAGGGGCCAGUCUGGAUUACCUCCUCGUCUACAGCACAGUAUUCCUUCUGCCAGGUUUUCCCAGAUCCAUAGCCCAUCUGGCAAUUCUACCUUGGCUGAACAAUACCGAUCCCAUCCUUCCAGUCACCGUUCAGGAAGAGGUUAUGGACCGUCAAGACAUCAUUUGAUUGGCCCUGAUGUUGCCUACUAUAAUUCUGGAAAGCGAUGCUAUCAAAGUUUUGACAAUUUCUCAUAUAGGACACGUUCUUACAGCAGAAGUCGACGACAAAUGCACUGCGUUAAUAAAGAAUGUCAGUUUACGUUUGUGCCUGAAAAUGGGGAAGAGUCUCAGGGAAUGGAAGGAACAAUUACUUUUUAUGAGAUAGAAGAAGGUGAUGAGACUGCAUUCCCUCCUCUGCCAGGCCAAGCUGUUUCGUCACCAGUGGUUCCUGCUCCGGCAACAUAUUGGGUUAGGAGAGGACAUAGCCCACUUCAUCCAAGCAAACAAACUGUAACAUCUUCAGAGGAAGAUAUUGAUGAUAGAAGUAAUAAUGGAGAAUUUUCUGAAGACUACAUUUAUGCAGAUGCAGGAUACCAAAGUCCAGCUGUCUUUGCUGCUGCCGAAUCAACUUCAAGCUUGUCUCUUCAGGAAACCACACCCCCUACUGAAACUCCACCUGAUGGCGUGGCUGCAUUCAGUUAUUCUCAACAGGUAAUGGUCAGCUCAACUGUAAUCUCCCCUGCUUCUUGUGCUCACACUACUCCCAUCACCGUUUUCAGCUCUUGUUCUGGGGGAGCUCAGAAUUCUGUAUCUUCGUUACCACCUCAGUCUGUUGCACAGCCUACCCCAGUACCAUCUCCUCCCCUUGAAAGACAAGUUGUUUUGACCUCUCCAUCUAUGCUGUACCCCCCAGCUGCUUUGCUUUUUGUAAAUGAAAUGGGAGAACCAGUGAACACUCCACCUCCUCCUCCAUAUUCAUGUGAUCCAAAUGGAAAUGAUCUACCAAGAGAUGGCAAAAUUCUUCAGUAUUACUUUAAUCUGGGAGUUCAGUGGCAUCAUCAGAGCUAUUGGAAUUCCAUUAUGCAAAUGCAGCAGAUAUACCAGCAACCUCCAGUGGAUCACUACCAAACGUAUAAUGCUAUUCCAACUAUUCCUGACCAGCCACUGCAACAGCAGUACAGUGACGCAGGAAGAAUGAAUAAUGAUAGGGUAACUACUGAGGCUCUUCAAAAUGGGACCAUUACGAGUGCUGAAUCCACAGCAGCUCCUCAAGGGACAAUCUAUUACCCUGUCGUGACUGAGCAAUUUAAUCAACAGCUACUUCCGACCUAUGAACCCUGUUUUUCCAUGGUGCCCGCAUACCACUAUGUCUCUCCUUGGCCACCUAUUAACCAACCUCGAAUUCAUGGAACAAUCUGCCCUUCUACAGGUCAUCAAGUGAACUAUAUCACCACUCCAGCUCCUGUACAUUAUGUUCCUUAGAUAAAACAUUUCACUUAGAAACCAAACUUUCUAUGUUGAAAGAAAACAGUUAAGUAAUUUUUGCUUUUCUAAUUCAUGUAUGUGUGUAAAUCUUGUUCAUUUUCUUGUUUUGUUGUUGUUUGAAAUGUUCUUAAUUGUUUUAAGUGAAUGGUAAAAUUCUAAGGCACUUUUAGGUAGCCUGGAAAAAGUUGAUUCCAGGAUUUAUUUAUUGUUUAUGUUGUAUAUUGUAGAUGUUUGCACAUGUUCAAGUCAGGUUACUGUUAGUAUCUGUCAUUCUUUAUGUUAAUUUUGAGGUUUUGCAUUUGAUUCAUCAAUGUGUUGUGUAAUUUUUUUAGUAUUUUAACUAUCAUUGCAAAUGCUAAUUUUGCUAAUAGUUCAUCUACAAUCCAUUGUUAUCUAGAAAACUAAAAACAAACCUACAACUUAUUUAAUUUUGUGGUGGAGGAUUUACAUUUAU